UAGUCUCUGAUCUCAGCGGGAGCACACGCUUCCAUCGGUCUUAAAAAGUGUUUCAUUUUGAGUUGUGCCACUUUUAAUGAUCAACAGUGCAGUGAUAAUCAAGAUUAUUUGUUGUUGUGACAGUUUUGAUGAAAAACAUUACAAACUUAAUUUUAAUUAUUUUAAGUUGUGUCAUUUUAAAAGAACAGUUUAUAACCAGUAAGUAUGCAGUCAGCAGGUCGUACAGCCAAAAUUUUAGAAUUGGCCAAAAGAAAAUUUGAAGUAAACAGUACACUAUUGGAUGUUACCAAUACUAGAAAUGUUGAACAGACUGAAUCCGACUAUGAGAACCAACCAUCAACUAGCGGCUCGCAAAUUUCUGGUCAAACACCCAAUACAGAGAUUUCUAAGCAGCUAUCAUCUAGCAGCCAUCACCCAGAACCAAUUCCCUUUGAAGUUUCUGAUCCAAAAAUAGUUCUUCCACUAGAAUCUGAUUUAGAAAGUGAAGUUCAGACUAAUUUAGCAGAGUCCAUUAGCAGUGAAUAUUUAGGAGGCUCCAAAGGCAUAUCUCAAAAGCAUGUACAGUAUGAUGUAUCGUAUGAAUCCGAGCGCCCUACAGUUUUAAGGAUAUUGAAAAAGCCAAAUUACUUUGUGUCUCCGGUUCAUAGCGGAGAAAGUGAUAUGGAUGACUCAGAUGAAGAUCCAAAUUUUGAUAAUACUAAAACAACCUUUAAUCUUAACCCAGCUUCCGGAUCCAAAAGUUCGACCAGCAACUCAAACAGCAGCGAGGGCGAAGAACAGAAUGAAUACCCUAAUGGCAAAGAAGAAGAAGAGAAGAAAAAAGGAAAGAAAAGAAGAAGGAACUUUGAGAACUGGGGUGUUACUCAAUCUAAAAAACUAAGGAAUUCUGGACAGGCGUAUAUAUCCAGUUCAAAAUCCAAAAAACAAUUUCCUGCAAAAAGAGUAAGACCUGGUUGUGGUAAAAAAUGCAGAUUGCAGUGUGACCUAAAGAUUAAUGAGCAAAUUAGAGAAGAGCUGUUUCGCAGUUACUGGGCACUGGCUAAUUUAGAAAGACAAAGGGAAUUUAUCAUUGCUCAUUGUGAAGAAAUAAAACCAAAAUACCGUUAUUCGAGCACUCAAAAUGUUAGAAAAAUGAAUUUCAGCAUUUUACUUUGA